AUGUCUAAAAUUAAAAGAUUCUUCUCAAAGAAGAAGGAGGAAGCAGCCUUUAAACUUAAACUGGGUGGGGGCUUAGGGCAAGGUCACACUCUAAGUGCACAAAAUCAGGAAGCAUCCACUUCAAGCCGCAAACCUGUAACCGAUGCAUAUGUUCCACCUAAACGGAAAGAAUUGAGUAAUGAAGUUAGGUCCGCAGCAGCCGCUGCUCUGGCCAGAGUGGAGAAUAAGGAUUCAAAAGAAUUUAAUACAUCUCUGGCUGCUAUUAAAGCUCAAGCUAAAAGAGAACUUGAAGCUGAACGAAAACUUAAGGAAGAAAUUUCAUCACCCGAAACUACGACUGUUGAAAACAAUCCUAAUUUAAAUUUAGCUUGUCAGGGUGUCUUCUUCCGCUGCCCUAUCAUAAGUGAAGCAAUAUUAUCAAAAAAAGAAUGGAAAGUUAAAAUUAAAGAAUUCCUUUAUCAGCAAUUGGACGCGGAAAAAGCAUUGACAUCCUGUUUGAUAAUGUACAAUUGCAAUAACAAGGAAAAGGCAGAAGACUGCAUUGGAACUUUAACAAAAUACUUGGAGAACAUCAUCAAAUUUCCAGAGGAAGAGAAAUACUACAAAAUUAGAAUGUCAAAUCGCAUAUUUUGUGAAAAAGUUCGAUAUGUUGAAGGCGCAUUAGACUUUCUCCAGGCUGCAGGAUUUCGUGAAGUUGAUUUGGAUAAUGAGAUGUUUCUUAUAUGGUCGAAAGAGAAUGUUGAUCAAGAUUACGAUCUUACAGUACUAAUUGAAGCUUUGCAAAAUUCUGAACCAAUUCAAUUAGUAUUAGAUCGUAAUAUAAAAGUGUUGUUGCCUUCUCAAGCUAAACGAGUCCUUUUACCAGAUGAUUUCUACCGUAUUUCACCUGAAGAAAUAAAACGAGAACAGCAAUUGAGAGCCGAAGCUAUUGAAAGUGCCCAGAUUCUAAAAACAAAAGCUAUGAGAGAACGCGAAGAACAGCGUGCAUUAAGAAUGUAUAAGUACGCAUUAGUAAGAGUCAAAUUUCCCAAUGGGCUUUUCAUACAAGGCACUUUUGGUGUUUAUGAAAAAAUAAGUGACAUUUUUGAAUUCGUUCAAUCGUGCCUGCAAGAUGAAACAAUUGAAUUUUGCCUGAUUGCCUCUAGUGAAGGAAAAUUUACAGAAGAGGACAUGGAUAAAACUUUAUACGACUUAAGACUUGUUCCAAAUAUUGUUUUGCUUUUUAACGCAUCUAAUGAAACAGCAUCCUCAGGCCAGGAUGUAAACUUUUUAAAAGAAGAAUUGUUGCUUUUGGUUCAAUCUAUUUAGGACAAAUAUAUAUGUACAUAUACAUACACAGCAUACAUUAAACGCGUACAUAAGUACAUAUAUACUAUUUAUAUUAGUAAUUUACACUACGUGAAUGUUAUCAAUGACAUCAAAUGGUAAUUAAUAAAAUAUUUUGAACUUUAUGGAAA